AAGAAGCAAGGCAAGCCAGUGGCAGAAGUCGUGGACACAGAGAGGCAUCUGGUAACAGGGGUAGCUAUGGACACACUGGUCACAGGUGGCACAUCAGGCAGGUACCUCAGCCCCCUGGCUGCCCCCUCUUCUGCUGUCAAUGGGGAGGGCGCGCCUGCUGUGGCGGCUACAUGCGGUCUCUGCAGCGCCGGCUGCCCCGCGCCCGUUCUCUUGGUGUCCUGCGGGCAUCGCUUCUGCCUCGGCUGUCUAGAGAGCUUCUGGAAGCGGAUUCCCAGUAGCGAGCGGCCCUGCCCUACAUGCACCGCCGCUGUGAGGCAGCAGAGCCCCGGCUCCCCUCUGCAGGCGGUGCCGUGCGAUCGGUGCCCGGCUCAUGCCCCCUGCAGUGCCCGCUGGAGCUGCCUAACCUGCGGGGAGUCCUACUGUCCAGAACACUUCCAGCCACACAUCGUACUAGAGGAAGGGGAUAUGUCCGGACACCGGGUGUGCGAUGCGGCCGGAGAAGAGUCGAUUAGGAUGAGCGAGGAGAGGAACCUGGGGCGGCGGUGCCCAGAACACAGGGACAGAGCUGUGGAGCUGUUCUGUGGGGCGUGCAGGGUGUGUGUCUGCCCAUUGUGCCCCCUCUUGGGGACCCACAAGGGGCAUCCCGUGACCCUCCUGCAACAAGAGGCCCUGCACAAGAAGAAUCUGAUGAGCAGAUGUCUAGAGCAGCUUGAUCAAAAGAGGAACCAUGUACUUGGCAACAUACAGCAUAUUGAGCAAGCUGCCGAUGAUCUUAAGGCCCGUACGUUGGAGAACAAAGAUUCACUGACAGGAAAAUUCACAGAGCUGCGACUGCUCCUUGAUGAAGAAGAGAAGUUGGCUAAGAAAUUUAUUGAAGACAAGACUAAGCUUGCCCUGUGGGCAUAUGAAGGGCAAAUAGAAUCGUGUCAGGAGCAUAUAAACACAAUCAAUUCAUUUUCAGCCAGUAUCAGAAAUAUAAGUGAACAGCCUGAUGCUAUUAAACUUAUACAGGAGUAUGUAACAGCAGAAAGGGAAAUGCAGAGGCAUAUGUCCCCAGCUGAGCUGUGGCAUCCAAUCCCUGUAACGUUUGAACAUGUUGAGAAAUAUUAUGCCUUGUUCACAGAAGACAUCAAGGCUUCUUUCAAAGAACCACUAAUAAAACGCCUUCAACAAGGUACGCUCACUGGUAAUGCAGCUUCCAGUCAAAAGCCUGGAUCAUUAAUUAAAACUAAAUUAUUUGUGGAUAGGUCAUUAUUCCUAAAACAUGGCAGAUGUCCAACUUUGGAUCCAGACACCAUGCAUUCCAAGUUAAGGCUGUCUGAAGACCAUCUCACGGUUUACUGUGCCUGGUUUGGAAGAUUUAACUCUCAUCACCCCUACAGAUUUGAUAAACUCUUGCAGGUGAUGAGCAGAGACUGCUACUUAUCUGGAAGUCAUUACUGGGAAGUGGGUCUUCUUCAAGCAGGGCUAGGAUGGUGGAUCGGUAUCACUUACCCAUCCAUCCAAAGGAAGGGAGAUUCCGAAUUUAGUCGACUGGGCUGGAACAGUGGGUCAUGGUGCAUCAAGAGAUAUGCUCAUGAGUACUGGGCUUUUCACAAAGGAGAAAGAACAGCUCUUAAACUAAAAGACCCACCGGAGAGAGUUGGCAUAUUCCUGGAUUAUGAAUCUGGAGUACUCUCUUUCUUUGAUGUCACAUCUGGUAUGAAAUGCAUACAUACAUUUCGCUGUAGAUUCACUGAACCAAUUUACCCAGCGCUCCGUUUAUGGGAUGGAAUGAUAACCAUGUGCAGACUAGAUUAAUAAGCAAGGGGUAGCAAAAAUACAUUUUUUUCUUUAACUUUGUUAGAACCUUGUCAAUUCCAAAAAUCAGUUACUUUUCCAUUAUUUUCUGCUAAAGUGACAAAGAAAAUAUUUCUGUAUUGAAUAUCAGAAUGGCCA